AUGGCUACAAUCUCAUCCCUACUAUCACCACCCAAUCUCCUUCACCAUCCCACAAAACCCAUCAAAGCCGCACCAAAACUGUCUCUCCAAAUCCUCAAACCAACCCAAUUUCAGGGCUUUCACAAACUCACUUCCUCUUAUAUGAUUCUGACCCCCCGACAUUCACAAAGAGUCUUUGCUGUUGCCGAAGAAGUCGCAGCCGACCCGUCUUCUAAAGCGGCCAGGAGAGUUUACAUUGGCAACAUUCCCAGGACUGUGGAUAAUGCUGAGCUUACCAAAAUUGUUGAAGAACACGGAGCUGUAGAGAAGGCUGAGGUGAUGUUUGAUAAAUACUCUGGAAGAAGUCGCCGAUUUGCAUUUGUUACAGCAAAGACUGUUGAAGAUGCAAAUUCCAUUGUUGAAAAACUGAAUGGAACUGAGAUUGGAGGACGUGAAAUCAAAGUAAACAUAACUGAGAAACCCCUGCUACAAGCGGACGUAUCACUUCUUCAGGCAGAAGAGUCUCAAUUCAUUGACAGCCCCCAUAAAGUGUAUGUUGGAAAUCUUGGAAAGGAAGUAACUACGGAUACACUCAAAACCCUCUUCUCUGAGAAGGGAAAAGUUCUUAGCGCAAAGGUUUCCCGGGUUCCAGGGACUUCAAAAUCUAGUGGUUUUGGGUUUGUUUCUUUCUCCUUGGAGGAGGAUGUAGAAGCUGCCAUCUCUUCUUUCAACAAUACUUUGUUUGAAGGGCAACGAAUUCGUGUAAACAAGGCAUAG